AUGCCACCAUUCAUUCCCCCCUCGGAGGACUUCCCCAGCAUCCUUAAAGGCAAACGAAUUCUCCUCACCACUGAAUCCCUUGGUCCAGUCAACGGCGUCAGUCGCACAACCGGCAAACUAAUCGAGUAUUUGCGUCGCAAUGGCGUCGAAUUGGCCGUCGUGGCACCACAAUUCACCUCCUCACCAUCACAACAACAAGACACAAUAGACACCACAAUCCGCCUCCCCGGCUACCCCCUCCCCUACAAUCCGGAUCUAACCCUCACCGACCUGUCCUCCUACAGCUCAAUCAUCUUCCCCAAGCCCCUCUCCACCUUCGCCGUCUGGCUCCUCUCCCUUGUGGAAGGCUAUCUCUUCCGCACUCCUUGCAUCCACACAAUCUUCUACCCGUGCAGUGAUGUCCUAACCUACUUGAAAUCCACCAAUACUCCUAUACGCAAAACCCAUCGAUUAGGGAGAGGAGUCGAUACGUCUCUCUUUAAUCCAUCCCGCCGGUCUCAGUCCUUACGGGAUACGUUAGCUCCAAACGGCGAAGCUAUCCUGCUAACAGUUUGUCGGAUCGCGCCUGAGAAGGGGUUUGAGUUCCUCGCUGAGGCUGUCACACACCUUCUCUCUAGUACUAAAAUCCCCUUCAAGCUGGUAAUAGUCGGCGGGAACGCCAACCCCGCCGUGACAUCACGCAUUCAGUCCCUCUUCCACCACAUCUCCUCACACGUCAUCUUCCUUGGCUUCAGAACCGGCGAAGAGUUAGCGAGCAUCUACGCCUCAGCGGACAUAUUCCUGCACUGCUCUAUCACAGAGACGUUCGGGCUGGUCGUGCUGGAGGCUAUGGCGAGCGGGUUGCCAGUCAUCGCAAGGGAUCAAGGUGGUCCGUCGGAUAUUGUGAGGAAUCAGGAGACGGGGUACUUGGUUUCGGUGGCGGAGGGGGAAGUGGGCGUGUUUAGUGGGCUUGUGGGGGAGAUGUUGAGGGAUGGGAGGUUGAGGGGGCGUUUGGGGAAAGGGGCGAGGUUGUUUGCGGAGGAUAUGACCUGGGAGAAGAUUAAUCGGAGGGUGGUGGGGAGGAUGGCGGAUGCGAUUGUGGAGAGGGGAAAUGGGGAAGGGGACGAGGAGAGGGCGUUGUUGGGUGGGAAUAGAGGGGAGGUGUCGUUUGGAGAGAGGGUCAGGUUGGGGGUUGCUGUUGCGGUGGUGUAUGUGAUGUGGAUGGUGGCUGUUGUGCCGUUGAUUGUGCAUGGGUCGAGAAUUGUGCCCAGGAUGGUGCGGAGGGUGCCGCUGUUGGGAAGGUGGGUUGGUCGGAGUACUUCUGCUGCCGCUGUUUAUACGUAG